AUGAUGGCAAAGCUUGAACAUUCUUCUAGGAACGACAGUGGCUGUGUGGCUCAUAGCAAUAUGAGUGGACCGGAACGAAGGACCAUCCACAUGAGCCACUAUCAGGGUGGCUCCCUGAAGGAUAAACUCGACCAGGGUGACAUGGUGUUCAAAACAGUUGAAGAUUUUGUUAACACAUAUGUAGAAGAUCCCAGCAAACGCCGACCCAUCAAAAAGAUGUUGGUUGCCACAAAUGGUAUUGCUGCUGUUCGAUGCAUCCUUUCGAUUCGAAAGUUGCUCAUGCAGCUUUUCCGCAAUGAUCGUAUCAUCAAAUUCAUUUGUUUGACAACAGAGCAGGAGAUUCGGUCAAAUGCUGGUUGGUUUCUGAUUUUUUUUGACUUUUUACAAAGACUUUACCUACUUCGUAUUCGCUUCGUAUUGCCUUUGUUCGCUAUAUUUUUAUACAUACUUUUUGUUCAUGUUACUUACUCACUUCUUUGCAUUCAGUGCAUCUUAACGAUGCACGUUGUGAUUGUCUCUUGGCAUCAAAAAAUCAAGCUGUAACA